AUGUUUAGGAAUUGUCUGUUGCAAGAACUGGGACUACUUUGUCUUUUGUUGACUGCACUGAGCAUUGAAAGUAAAGUUAUCUACCCCAUACGACCUGCAAGUGACUUUGGUGAGAUUGGCAAAUCUGAUCAAGUUGAUGUUCCUUCUCAUAGUCGUGAACGUCGCAGCUAUUUUUGGGUUGAAGAUGGUUCGGAUAAAGUGACAAUUAUUGAGAGUAAACAUUUGAGACGUGCCUUGGAAGAUUACAAGCGUAAAGCUCAUGCAGCUGAAGUAGCGGUGCAUCGCGUACGAUAUGAGGAGCCUAAUGAGGAAUACAGCGCAGAAGAGGAAGUUCAAGAACAUACACCGUUAUUUGUGCCAAAUCUUUUUGGCUAAGAAGAAACAUAAGAAUCUAAGUAAAGUAAAUUUUUGUGAAU